UGGCCAGGGAAAUUAACUGGGGUGGGCACCCGGGCUGGGGCUUAUUGGCUGCCAGACCCAGCUGUGACAAGGAGCGGAGAUCUGCCUGCGCCUUCAGGGGCCGGGGGUUAACUUCAGCUCCCCACACUCGGCCACUGCUUGGGAAGGUGGCCCCGAGGUUUGGUCUGAGGCUGGGAGCUCUCCAGUUCCUUGCCUACUCCUGCCUUGUGUUAUCAGCACUGCCCAGGGAUGGUGGGACCAUGAGGGUGGCAGCUCGCUCCUGGCUGCUGAGUCAUCCCACCAGCUUGCGUCAGAGCUAGAAGGUGAGCCGAGGAGGGAAAUCUCAUGUUUGCAGCAGGAGCAGCGGGGCUGGACAAGUUGGGUGGCACAGAGGGGUGCUUGAGAGAGUCAGUCGGAGCCUUUGGGAGUCACCAUGUCAUACCCCAAUGCUCCCCCGCCCUAUGACGACAAGAAUCCCCUCUACCCCCCACAGCCUGGAGCCUAUCCUGGGGGCUACCCACAGCCUGGAGCCUAUCCCGGGGGCUACCCACAACCUGCACCCUAUCCCGGGGGCUACCCGCAGCCUGGAGGGUAUCCUGGGGGCUACCCACAGCCAGGAGGAUAUCCCCACCCAGGUGUCCCGGUACCCCCAAUGUCAACAGUCCCGAUGAACCUAGGAGACAGCUACGGCAGUGGUGGCUCAGGGGAGGAGGACGGGCUGAGAGCAGGCACUUGGGACGACAAGAGCGUGCGACACACCUUCAUCCGCAAGGUCUACACCAUCAUCUCAGUCCAGCUGCUGGUGACCGUGGGCAUCAUCGCCGUGUUCACCUUCGUGUCCCCCGUCCGCACCUUUGUGCAGAGGAACGUUGCUCUGUACUACUCCUCUUACGCCGUGUUCCUCGUCACGUACCUGGUGCUGGCCUGCUGCCAGGGCCCCAGGAGACGCUUCCCCUGGAACCUCAUCCUGCUGAGUGUCUUUACGCUGGCCAUGGCCUUCAUGACAGGAACCAUCGCCAGCGUGUAUAACACCCGGGCUGUCCUGAUCACCAUGGUGAUCACUGCCAUAGUGGCCAUAAUUGUCACCGUCUUCUGCUUCCAGACCAAGGUGGAUUUCACGUCCUGUACUGGGCUGUUCUGUGUGCUGGGGAUUGUCGUCAUGGUGACGGGAAUAAUCACCGCCAUCGUCCUCUCCUUCAAAUAUGUUGCGUGGCUCCACAUGCUGUACGCGGCCAUUGGCGCGAUUGUCUUUACCCUGUUCCUCGCUUACAACACCCAGCUAGUGCUGGGGAAUAGGAAGAACGCGAUCAGCCCCGAGGAGUACGUCUACGGAGCCAUGGAGAUCUACAUGAACAUUGUCCAGAUCUUCAUCUUCCUACUGCAGAUCGUGGGCCGGAGCUAGAGCCUCCCCAGUGGUCCUGGCUGGAACUGCCCCGGGCCCAGGAGUGCUCCGGGAGCACCUUGCCGCCUUCCUUUUCCUCGUCCUUUACUGCUCCCCACCCUGGCGUGUCUCUCCCAGGCCAACGGCCUCUGGUUUCCCUUCUCACCUGGGGAGCCCAGCGUGGCUGCUCAGAGGGGUAGCAGGCGAGACUGGCCUGUCUGCCCUGCAGAAUAACCAGGCUCUGCCCAGAAAUGAAGCCAGUGUCAGCUGAUUUCUGCGUUCCCUGUUAAUUGCUCUGCUACCCUCUGUGCCCCCACGUGGCCUCCUGUCUUUCUUCUCUCCCCACGCUGUCCCCAGGGAUGUGUCAAUAUGCUGAGUUCAUCUCUUGCAGGGGUGUGUUCAUGGCACUGCUUCCAGGCCCGGGUCCUCUAGGCAGAGCUCCUGGGGAAGUGAGAAAUCCAAGGGCAGCCCCUGCCUGGCUACGCGGAUCCCCAGGCCCAUGACUGCGUCCUUUGCCAGUGGGCUCCCUCCAUUUCGGCUGCCUGGCAACAGGCUCCGUCCCCUUCUCUUGCCACGUGCCCACGGGGAGGAACGUUCCUUCACGUCAUCAAAUCCAAAUCCACCCAAAGGAGAGCAGAAAGCCAGGGGCUUAGUCCUCGCUCCGCUCUGAACCAAGGUGUGCAGGUUCCCUCCGCCCUGCAGAGCGCCCUCCGAUGGGGAGGAGCAGCAGGGGCUGCAAUCAAUGCACUGAGAUGAUUUUAAAGUGGAGGGGGGAUUUGUGAUCUGUCAGUGCUUUUCAGUUCCAGCAGGGUUUUCACCCUCCCUGUGAAUACAGAUCAGCACAGGCUUCAGGUCGAACACCAAUGCCUUGGGGCAGUUACAUGGCUUAAGCUAGCCUUAUGUAAAGUUAAAAAACCAAAAAGAUCUACUUAGCCACAGGCUGGGGAGGAAAAACGUACAGAGGCACGACCCAUGCUAGUGCUCCAAUUUUUGCUGUUUCUAAUUCAAUGUCUUUUAUCCUUGGUAAGCAAAGGGGUUUGUAUCGAGCUGCAUUUGACUAGUCUGGACAGCCAAAGGGCCUUGAAAUAACAUUGUUUGACAUGGGGCGAGGCGAAUGGUGAAUUGCAAAGCAGCAGUGCUCUGUACAUUGCUCAUACUCUCUAGUGAGAUUCGCUCAUUGCAGGAGGAAACAGAACUGGGGAAUUCUAGAGGCUGGAACAGGUGCUUUAAAUGGGGGCGUCCCUCCCAGCUUCCACCUGGAGGAUGGGGCAGAAACACUGCGUUGGAGCCCUCUGGCUCCCCUGGGACAGUGCUGGUGAAGGGGGUGGGGGGCAGCAGCUGAACCCAGAGCCGGUUCCCAGCUCCUCAUGGGAAGAGCAGGCUCAGAGCAGGGCGGCUGGAUCAGAAUCCCCAGGCGAACGCCCUAAAGGGCAGGGUGUAGGGAGGGGAACUGGGGGUGGAGCCAGCAUUAACCCUUUGUGCUCCUUCCACAACGCUAGCGGCUUGGGCCAGCCGUGUUCACUCAGUGCCUUAAAUCCCAAUGUUCCCAGCAGAUGAUUUGGGGUCAGCCCAGCACCUGGCAGGGAGUCGUCCCUUUCACAGGCAGCCCUCGGGAAGGGAGAACAGCCUGUCCUGGAUGCCAGCCUUGGAGGCAGAGCGGCUGGUGAGCAGAGCCCAGCUCUGUCCUGGCUGAGGGUGGGGGCAUUAGCCAGCUGGGGUUAGCUUUGCUAUGCAAAGGACUGUCAGGUGCGCUGCAGAGGUUAGUGGAUCGGCUCAACGGCCCCCCUUGAGGACAGACCUAGAGACCCCUUCCUUGGGAGCGCUCUGCAGACCGCCAGCUGGGUUCGGAGUGGUCCCCUGUCCAUGCACCAGGGGCGUGAGGAGAUGGCUGUAUAGUAUACGCUGUAUUAUAUUCUAACGCUGCAGCCAGUGGGAGCAGCGCGGUCGGCUCCCGGCAUCAAAGAACAUAGACAAGUUGCACUCAAUAAAGUGAAACGCUGUGUACUUUUUCAAGCA